CUCGUCUGGGGUGGCUGCUACGGCCACCUCUCGUCUUGCCAGCAGACGUUACGCCUUCGUGUGGGACGUCUCAGGAAAAGAGUAUAGGUUCCGAACGGAGGACACAGUGGUGUCCGAGGGCAUGUCCAGACCUCCUUCCGAUGCUGUUCCUGUCUCCUCCUCUUUAUGGGUCUCCAGCCACCGCGGUGUCCUUAAAUCACUUCAGCAGCUGCCCAAGUAAUGCUGGUGCCGCCAGGGAGUGUGACCACUGCUGAGCGGCCCCAGGCAGGAGGCGCACAGCCAGGAAAGGCAGCCCCUCGGACGGUCACGGUUACCAUGGCGUCCACCAGCGCUGAGAGCCAGCUGCAGAGAAUCAUCCGCGAUUUGCAAGAUGCUGUGACAGAACUAAGCAGAGAAUUUAAGGAAGCAGGGGAACCCAUCACAGAUGACAGCACCAGUUUGCAUAAGUUUUCUUAUAAACUUGAGUAUCUCCUUCAAUUCGAUCAGAAAGAGAAGGCCACCCUCCUGGGCAACAAGAAGGACUACUGGGAUUACUUCUGUGCCUGUCUGGCCAAGGUGAAAGGAGCCAGUGACGGGAUCCGAUUCGUCAAGUCUAUUUCGGAGCUCCGAACAUCUCUGGGAAAAGGAAGAGCAUUUAUUCGCUAUUCCUUGGUGCACCAGAGGUUGGCUGACACCUUACAGCAGUGCUUCAUGAACACCAGAGUGACCAGUGACUGGUACUAUGCAAGGAGCCCCUUUCUGAAGCCAAAGCUGAGCUCUGACAUCGUGGGCCAACUCUACGAGCUGACUGACAUCCAGUUUGACCUGGCAUCGAGGGGCUACGACCUGGAUGCUGCUUGGCCGACGUUUGCCAGGAGGACCCUGGCCACUGGCUCUUCUGCUUAUCUGUGGAGACCCCCCAGCCGAAGCUCCAGCAUGAGCAGUUUGGUGAGCAGCUACCUGCAGACUCAGGAGUUGGCCUCCAGCCUUGACCUGAGCAACCCCUUAAACAAUGAGGCACUGGAGGGCUUUGACGAGAUGCGGCUGGAGCUGGACCAGUUGGAGGUGCGGGAGAAGCAGCUGCAGGAGCAGAUGCAGCAGCUGGACAGAGAGAACCAGGAGCUGAGGGCGGCUGUCAGCCUGCAGGGAGAGCAGCUGCAGGUAGAGAAGGAGAGGGGCCGUGUCGCCGCCGAGGACAACAUUCGCCUCGCCAGCCUGGUGGCCGCCCUCCAGAAGCAGUGGGAAGUCACCCAGGCGACACAGAACACUGUGAAGGAGCUGCAGACGUGCCUGCAGGCCCUGGAGCUGGGUGCCACCGAGAAGGAGGAGGAUUACUGCUCAGCCCUGCGGCGGCUGGAGUCCUUGCUGCAGCCCCUGGCUCGGGAGCUCGAGGCCACACGCAACUCCCUGGGCAAGAAGGACCAGCACUCAGCUGAUGUCCCAGACGAGCUGGAUGCAGCCAAGCAGAAGGCCGAUGUGGCACUGGACACCAAGGGGCAGCAAGGGUGCAUCCCCAGUGACUCGGCCCUGGAGACCCAGGAGCUGGGCGAGAAGCUCCGAGCCCUGGAAAGGGAGAGCACGCGGGUCCAGGAGCUCAACAGGCAGCAGAGCGCCCAGCUGGAGCAUCUGGCCAAGGAGCUGCAGCGGAAGGAAGAGGCCCAGGCCAACCUGGAGCACCUGGUGGAGGACAUGGUCCCACUCCAGGAAGAGCUGUCCCAGAAGGGGCAGGAGGCAGCCCAGCUCCGGCACCAGCUGCAGGAGUCGCUGGCCCACUUGAGCUCCCUGGAGGAAGAGUUCGCGGAGGUGAGGCGGGAGAAGCAGCGGCUGCAGGAGGAGAAGGAGCUGCUGGAGCGGGAGGCCAGGUCCCUGAUGCGGCAGCUGCAGCUCCUGGAGACCCAGCUGGCCCAGGUGAGCCAGCACGUGAGGGACCUGGAGGAGCAGAAGCAGCAGCUCAUCCGGGACAAAGACCACCUCAGCCAGAAGGUGGGGACGCUGGAGCGACUUGCUGCGCAGUCAGGCCCAGAUGUGCCCGUGACGGCUGAGAAUCUCGAGGCUGUGAGCUCCACCCUGCAGCAAGCCUGCAGGAAGCCAGAGGGGGAGCAGAGGGGCCUGCAGGAGGGACAGACAGACGAUCCCAAGAUGCAAGGGACCAGCCAGGAGGAGAAGCUCCAGCAGGCCAACAGGGAGCUGGAGAAGGAGCUGCAGAAUGUGGUUGAGCGCAACCAGCUGUUGGAGGAUAAGCUUCAGACCCUGCAGGCUGAUUACCAAGCACUGCAGCAGCGGGAGGCAGCCAUCCGGGGCUCCCUGGCCUCUCUGGAGUCAGAGCAGGCCAGCAUCCGGCACAUGGGAGACCAGAUGCAGGCAAGCCUCCUGGCCGUGAAGAAAGCCAAGGAGACCAUGAGGGCCCACGUGGCUGAGAAGGAGGCUGCGCUGCAGAGCAAGGAGGCCGAGUGCCAGCAGCUGCGGGAGGAAGCGGAGCAGUGUCGGCAGCUAGCCGAGGCCCGGGCAGGGGAGCUCAGGGCUCUGGAGGGCCAGUGCCGCCAGCAGACUCAGCUGAUCGAGACCCUCACAGCAGACAAAGGCCAACAGGGGCUCGGCCCACCUCAAGACCACGCGCCCCAGGAGCUGGCAGCCCAGCUGGCCCUGUCUCAGGCGCAGCUGGCGAUCCAUCAGGGGGAGGCCCAGCGACUGCAGGCUGGGGUGGUGGACCUCCAGGCCAAGCUGCAGGCAGCCCUGGGUGACCGGGAGAAGGUGCAGAGCCAGCUGAGCGUGGCCGAGGGUGCUCUGAGGGAGCACAAGGCCCUCGUGCAGCAGCUGAAGGAGCAGAACGAAGCCCUCAACAGGGCCCACGUCCAGGAGCUGCUGCAGUGCUCGGAGCGUGAAGGGGCACUGCAGGAGGAGAGGGCCGGAGAGGCCCAGCAGAGGGAGGAGGAGCUCCACGCCCUGCGGGAGGAGCUGUCCCAGGCAAAAUGCAGCUCUGAGGAGGCUCAGCUGGAACACGCUGAGCUGCAGGAGCAGCUACACCGGGCCAACAUGGACACGGCCGAGCUCGGCAUCCAGGUCUGCGCGCUGACUGCGGAGAAAGAGCAGGUGGAGGGGGCACUGGCUCACGCCAUCCAGGAGCUCCAGGAUGCCAGAGACGCAGCCUCCAGGGAGCGGGAGAGCCUGGAGCACCAAGCAGCAGGGCUGCAGCGAGAGAAGGAGAGCUUGCAGGAGAGGCUGAAGGUGGCUGAGGAAGCCGCUGGCUCACUGCCUGACCUGCAGGCCCAGCUGGCUCAGGCCGAGCAGCAGGCCCAGAGCCUCAGGGAGACCGCGUGCCAGGAGCUCGACACCCUCAAGUUCCAGCUGAGCAGCGAGAUCAUGGACUACCAGAGCAAACUUAAGAUCUCCAGUGAAGAAUGCAGGAGCCUCAAGGGCCAGCUGGAGGAGCGAGGUCGGCAGCUGCGGGCCGCGGAGGAGGCUGUGAGGAAGCUGGAGGCCGCCCAGGCAGACGUGGGGGAGAAGCUGAGCUGCACCAGCAGGCACCUUGCCGAGUGCCAGGCCGCCAUGCUGAAGAAGGACGAGGAGGGGGCCACCCUGCGCCAAGACUUAGACAGGACCCAGAAGGAACUUGAAAAAGCCAUGACAAAGAUCCAGGAGUAUUACACCAGACUCUGCCAAGAGGCGACAGACAGGGAGAAGAAUGACCAGAAGAUGCUUGCUGACCUGGAUGACCUGAAUAGAACCAAGAGAUACCUGGAGGAGCGGCUGAUAGAGCUGCUCAGGGACAAAGAUGCUCUCUGGCAGAAGUCAGAUGCCCUGGAAUUCCAACAGAAGCUCAGUGCUGAGGAGCGGUGGCUCGGGGACACGGAGGCGAACCAGUGCUUUGACUGCAAGCGGGAGUUCAGCUGGAUGGUGCGGCGGCACCACUGCAGGAUCUGCGGCCGCAUCUUCUGUUACUACUGCUGCAACAGCUACACCGUGAGCAAGCACAGCGGCAAGAAGGAGCGCUGUUGCCGGGCCUGCUUCCGGAAGCUGAAUGAGGGCCCCGGGUCCCCUGACAGCACCAGCUCGGGCACCAGCCAGGGAGAGCCCAGCCCCGCCCGGUCGCCAGCCCAGGCCAUGCCCCAGACCCCCGGAGGCCAAGGCGCGAACAUAGGCUGCCGGCCGCCAGACGAUGCCGUGUUUGACAUCAUCACGGAUGAGGAGUUGUGCCAGAUACAGGAGUCCGGCUCCUCCUUGCCUGAAACGCCCACCGAAACUGAUUCCCUUGACCCAAACGUGGCUGAACAUUGUCAGAAGAAUCUUCGGAACUUGGGAGCCCAGAGUGUCAUCUGCCAUUAAGACCUUCAACCCCCUCUUCAACCCUUAGUCCCAGUCCCAUUCCCAGUGAAGGAGAACCUGGGGUCUUCAGAAUCACAGGUCAUUCUCUGGUGUCAGUAUCCUCGGAGUAGAGGAAGGAAAGCCCUUGCAGCUUUCAGACUCCCCAUUUGAGCUUUAGGCUGCAUGUGAAAGAAGAAAACAGAAUCUGUUCAUGCCUGAGAAGAAGCAUCCUGCCCCAGCUGCACCAUUUGAUAACUUCUCUGUGAGAAUGCGCAUGCUAAACACAAAACCUUCCUCAUCCAGAGGACACAGCCCUGCUCCCAUGACUUCCUGAGCGGCCUCUGCAAGCCCAGCAAGGCCUACAGCUGGAACAUUCUGGUGGCCUCCACGUUGUGAGAGGCCGAAACAGUCCUAGAAGUGUCCUCCGAACGCUUCCAUUGGUUUGAGACACCCAGGUAAGGGAGGCAGCCGGCAUCUUUCACAAGUUUCCAGAAGUUCUUCCGAAACUUCAGGCCAACAAAGGCAUAGAGCACAGGAUUAAGGCAGGCGCGCAGGUAGGCGAUGCCCUCUGUCACUGUGAUGGCGUAUUGAAAGCUGGUCAUGGAUUGGUACUCCCAGCUCGUGCUGCGGACGAGCUUCACGAGGUUGAAGGGCGUCUGGGUCAGCAGGAACACCGCCACCACCAGCAAGAUGAUCUUCAGAGACUUGUGCUUCUGGAAGCCUCGGGCCUGAAGCAGGGUCUUGAUGAUGACCGAGUAGCAGACAAUCAUGGCCAGCAGUGGCAGGAAGAACCCCAGUGACAUCUGGAUGGCCAGGACC